AUUGCCGAUUCCUUUGACGGAACGUGACCUUCCGGUCUCGGAGCCCUCGCUCGGUGGAUUCCUUCUUCAGCUCCUCCUCUACGCCAUCAAUUCCAACCGAAGCGCAUCCGCCGCUGUUAAGAUCACGAUUCGCAUAUGAUAGUUAAACGCCUAUUUGACAAGAUCAUGAAGCCGCAUACAGAAGAGCACGGAUGUAGGUUAAGUGGCCUCGACCUUCAAAUUGCAAGCCACUAUGGUAUUCCUUAUACUACUAGUAUCUUGGCUUUUGAUCGUGUACAAAGGCUAUUGGCAAUUGGUACCUUGGAUGGUAGGAUAAAAGUUAUUGGAGGAGAUAAUAUUGAGUGCCUUCUGAUAUCUCCAAAGAAGGUUCCUUACAAGUAUUUAGAGUUUCUACAUAAUCAAGGGUUUGUUGUUGGUGUUACAACUGAGAAUGAAAUUCAGGUUUGGAAUCUGGAGCUCAGACAACUUGUUCAUUCUUUUCAAUGGGAGGCUAAUGUAACUGCUUUUUCUGUAAUAUUUGGAACCUACUUGAUGUAUGUUGGAGAUGAGCACGGGCUGUUAUCUGUAAUAAAAUGUGAUGAAGAAGACGGAAAACUUUUAAAGUUGCCAUAUCAACUCUCUUCUGCUGAUCUAUCUGGGCCAAAUAAAGCAGUUGAUAUCUCAUUUGCUGGUACUCAGUCAAUUGUUGGAAUUCUUCCCCAGUCUGAUACGUCUUCCACUAGAAUGCUGGUUGCAUAUGAAAAGGGUCUAUUAGUUCUUUGGGAUGUCAACAAAAGAGAAGCUGUUAGUUCUGGAGGUCACAGUGCUCUGAAAGUAAGGGUUGCUGAUGGCACUGAUUCUCUAACUGGAACUGGUGAUUACAUUGAAAGCAUGGUUGCCAAUCAUGAAGAAGAAAAUGAAAUUUGUUCUCUUUGCUGGGUAUCUGCUAAUAAUUCUAUUGCGGCUGUGGGUUACAUUAAUGGAGAUGUGUUGUUGUGGGACUUCACAUCUAAUUCCUUAACAAAAAGGCAACAACCUGGGAAACAGUCCAAUAAUGUGGUUAAGCUGCAACUGGCAUCAGCAGAACGUAGACUUCCUGUCAUUGUCUUACACUGGUCAGCCAAUUCCAAAGGAAGUAAUGAAACAAGAGGGCAGCUUUUUAUCUAUGGUGGUGAUGAGAUUGGAUCUGAAGAAGUUUUGGCAGUUCUUACUCUUGAAUGGUCCUCUGGAGUAGAGACUUUAAAGUGCAUCUCACGUGUGAACCUGAAUCUUAAUGGAUCCUUUGCAGAUAUGAUUCUGAUCCCAAAUGACAGUAUAUCAGACAGUUCCACUGCUGCUCUUUUUGUAUUAACGAACCCUGGCCAGUUGAGUGUCUAUGAUGGUAAUAUCUUAUCUGAGUUAAACUCUGAUGGGGACCCAUCUGUUUUUGCUGAAAAUUUUCCAGUAGUGGUGCCUACCAUUGAUCCAAAUAUGACUGUGAAUAAACUUUGUUUGCUACCCAAAGGCAGCAACUCUUUAAAAGUUUUAUUUAAGAAAUUUCGUAUGGGAAGGUUACCUUCUCAUACCUUAUCUAUGGGCACAAAGUGGCCUCUUACUGGUGGGGUUCCUCCUGAAGUGUCCUAUGAAGAUUAUGAGGUUGAAAAAAUUUUUAUAGCUGGUUAUCAAGAUGGAUCUGUGAGAAUAUGGGAUGCUACAUAUCCUGUACUGGUUCUGAUGUUUGUGUUAGAAGGAAAGCUGCCAGCUAUGGAAGUGGAGGUGACAAUUCCUGCAGUAACAGCUGUUGCCUUUUGUCCUUUGAGUAUGACCUUGGCUAUUGGCGAUGAAUGUGGUUUGGUUAGGAUCUAUAAACUUCAAGAAAACACCAAUGGAUCAAGCUUUCACUUUGUGACCCAGACAAACCAGGAAGUACAUAUGGUUCAUCACGGACAGGGAUUUCAUUGCCUCGCUGCCUUUUCUAUCUUAAACUCACCCAUUACAACCAUUCAGUUAUCCAAUUCUGGUAACAACUUUGUUGUAGGAUUUCAUACUGGACAGGUAAUGGUGCUUGACAUUGCAUCAUUAGCUGUACUGUUCUGUACAGAUUGUGCAUUGGGAACAAAGUCAACACUAAUUUCUGCAAGUAGCUAUGCUAUUUCCCAACAUGUUCUCCAAGAAAUCAGUUCAAAGCAACCUUGUUCUCUGGCAGACUCUAUAGAGGUGAUACUCACCAUCACCAAGGAUUCACAAAUUGCAAUUAUUGAUAGCAAAUCUGGGGUUAUUAUAGGCUCCAGAUUACUUCAACCAAAUAAGGAAGCCGUUGCAGUUUCCAUCCAUGUAAUAGAAGGCUCUGUUACACUACCUGAAUCAAUCACUGCUGAUCUUGAGAACUGCUCCCAGAAUCGGCCAGAUGAAACUUCUCAAAGUGAAAACAAUGAGUUGACAGAGAAAAAAGAACAAGGUUAUCACUUGGAGGAUGCUCUGUACCAAUAUGAAGUGUUAAAAGAUCCACUACUUGUAAUUUGUUUUACAAAUGCCAUCUGUUUCUAUUCACUGAAGUCUGCGAUGGAGGGAAAUAACAACUUUACCCAUAAGGUGAACCUAUCGCAAAAAGUUUGUUGGUCAAUGACUUUAAAGGUAGAUGAUAUGGUAUCUGGAUUGGUGCUCCUAUAUGAAACUGGAACAAUUGAGAUAAGGUGUUUACCUGGUCUGGAAAUUAAAACAGAAACCUCUUUAAUGUCCAUACUCCGCUGGAGCUUCAAAACAAACAUGGGCAAAACCAUGAGUUUUUCUGACGAUGGGAACAUUGCUUUGGUAAGUUUACUCAACCAAUGAACUUCUAAACCCUCG